AUGGCGACUGCUGGAGGAUUCACGAUAUAUCGUUCAACUCGGAGCGACUCUCAAAGAAGUGGGCAAACUGCGCUUUCAAGCCCCAGAGGAUGGGGUAAGCAAGCAGUUCAGAGACUCAACUCAAAGGAACAAUUCAAGAACGACCCACUUCUUAAAACUUUAGAAGGCAAAAUUGCCGUCAAUUUUGGUGAUUAUAAACCAUGGCAACGCACUAGGCAGUCAAGAUUUCAGAACGAAAGACAGACCAGAAGAAGUGCCAGUCGUCCUUUGUCUGGGCAAACUAUGGUAUCUGUUGGAAGUGCUCCUGGACUUUCACGAGAAGAAACAGUGAAAAGAGGACCGCGGCCAUUUAGUGCAGCCACGAGUACGGCUUGCUCUACAGUUUGAAAUCACCCAUGGACGAAAAAACCCGGCCCAGUUAUUGACGAUGGUGAGGAGAGGCGAAGGCAAAAUGUGCUGUCAGUAUUAAAGAUUCAAAUUAAAACAAGACAGAAAUCAAUAGCUGAAUAUGAAAGCAGAAAGAAGGACCUACUUAUAGAAAACAUGAAGAUCACUGAUGAGAUUGAAUCAUCAGAGAACAGCAUUCAUGAAGAUGUGAAGUCCCUACUGAAGAAAUAUGAAAGAUUCAGGGGUGCCAUGUCAACAUUAAAUGAGAAGUUUGAUAAAAGCCUAAUAAUAACAAAGAAGAAACUGGAGGAGACAAAAGUAUUAGUUGAUAAAGAAGUAGCAGAUUUACAGUGCCAACUGAAUGUAAUGGACAGAAAGUUGACACAAAAGAGGGAAGAAAUGAACAUACUGCUAAACUAUAAGGAUAAAGAGUAUCCUGCAAAGGCACUCCAAAUAGCCAAACUGAAGAGGCAAAGGGAACAUUUAGAGUCAACAUUUAAGGAAGAACUAGAAGACUUACAAGCUAUAGCUAAUGCUGAGAGAGAUAAAUUCAAUCAACAAAGAAUAACUUUCCAGCAAGAAAUAACAACUCAAGCAACAGAGGAUACAAUCAAUGCUAUGGGGGAUGACAUUAAAGAAAUGGCUUUACAAAAUAUGAUCAUGAAAAAGGAGGUUAAAUUGCACAAAGAAGAGCUAAAAUCCCUGGAAAUGAACAAUGCAAAGUUGGAAGCUGAAAUUAGGAGACUCUUAGAUAGCGAAGCCUUAGACACACAAGCUGAAAUAUUUCCUGAAGUGUUUGGAAAACGGGAAAAGUGUACACCGGAUAUGGAGCUUCAUCUUGAUAUACCAACCCACGACUGGCUUCCAAUAUGACAUCUCUUCGAAAUUUCUUUCUCCUUAGACAAAUCAGAAUCUAGGGUACAAAUGAAAAUAAAAUUAACAAAUGCGAGUUAAAGA